CCCACCACAUUUCAGAGGUAAAAAGGGAGCGAAGUGCGCCUUGGAGGAACUUCUUGUCUCCUCCGCAGCAGUGGACGUAGAAGAUGCUGCCUCGUAGCGUAGUUUUCGUGAUCGUGGGCUUCACCCUCUGCCAGGCUGCUCCAACAGCGGAUCAAGACUCCACCUUGUCUCCUGAAGAUCGAGUGAUCGCUGAGGAGUACCUCUCCCAGUUCUACACCAGAGAAGCAAAGAGCAGGAGUGAGUCCUUGGACCAAUUUACAACAAGGCUGAAGACCAUGCAGGACUUCUUUGGCCUAGAGGUGACAGGAAACCUGGACUCAAACACCCUGGAGGUGAUGAAGAAACCAAGAUGUGGGGUCUCUGACGUGAGCAGCUAUGAACACUUCAAUGGGAAGCCCAAGUGGGAGAAGAGCAUGGUCACAUACAGAAUAACUGAAUACACGUCAGACAUGAAUCAAAGACAAGUGGAUGCCACCAUUGCCCAGGCUUUCAAGCUCUACAGUGAUGUCAUCCCGUUGGAUUUCAAGCAGAUCUUCAGUGGCACAGCAGAUAUCAUGAUCCUGUUUAAAGCCAGAUAUCACGGCGACUUCUAUCCCUUUGAUGGCCCCAGUGGUGUUCUGGCCCAUGCCAACUCUCCAGGACCCAACCAAGGUGGCGACACACACUUUGAUGAAGAUGAACAAUGGACUUUAGAUGGAAAAGGAAUUAACCUUCUUCUGGUGGCUGCCCAUGAGUUUGGUCAUGCUCUGGGCCUGGAUCACUCAAAGGACCGGAAUGCUCUGAUGUACCCCACCUACAGCUAUGUGGAGACCAGAGGAUACAGUUUGCCUAAAGAUGACAGAAGAGGGGUCCAGGCUUUGUACGGUGUACGAACUCCAACCGUUAACCCACGUCCUAAACCAAAUCCUAAACCUAAUCCGGAUCCUCAGCCUAACCCCGAGUCAGAACGCUGCAGCCGUGACCUUGUGUUUGAUGCUGUUACCAGCAUUCGCAGGGAACUUUACUUCUUCAAGAACGGGUACUACUGGAAGAAGAGUAAUUUGUUCAGGGGUGUCCAGUUCAAAUCCAUCAAAUCUACAUGGUCUUCCAUCAGCACCGUUGAUGCCGCCUAUGAAGACACACAUAAGAAUGUUGCUUAUCUUUUCCAAGGUAAACAGUUCUGGGCUACAAAAGGUACCACUCUUCAGCCUGGCUACCCCAAGUCCAUCUCCCACUUCGGCUUCCCUUCAUGGGUGACAGCUUUAGAUGCCGCAGUGUACGUGGCUUCUACUAGGAAGACACUCUUCUUUGUGAAGAACUUCUAUUGGAGCUACAAUGAGGCCCAGAGGAAGAUGGACCAUUGGUAUCCAAGGCAAAUUAGUUGGGACUUCCCAGGAAUUGGAAACAGAGUGGAUGCUGCCUUCGAGAAUUCUGGUUACCUGUACUUUUCUGAAGGACCCAGACAGACGGAAUACAUAUAUAAGACAAAAAGAAUCAAUCGGGUUCUUCUGAACUAUGGAUGGUUGGAUUGCUAUUAAGUCUUGUAUUUAAUUCCUUUGUGUGUGGUUAAAGCAACAGUGUAUUCAUAAUGUAAUCUGCUAUUUUAUGAUGACCUUAUAUAUUUAGAAGUUA